UUGGAUUCGGGUUUCAUGCAGGUUUGAGUUUUCUGGAUUGAAUAAAUCUGUGAUUAAACGGGACGGUAGUAUGCGGGUAAUUUUAAACGGAUUUGGGACGGGUCUGGAUAUUAUUAGCUUAUUCCUUUACGGAUUCGGGUACUUCGGGGUCAGGUAGUUUAUUUUUUGGCAGAGCUUCAUAUAUCAUCGCCGCUUCGCUUCGCCUCUGACGACCGCUACUGCACGAACGGCCUUCUUUGUGGCUUCUUUCCUCAACAUAUCUCUGAGCUGCCAUUCUCAGAUCAUCGAAGCAGCAGAAUUUAAUGGCAAGCAAAGCUGUGAAAACUGCGGCAAAGGCCAUUUCUGAGUACCAAUAUCCCUGGAAAGAGAAGUUGGCAAAACAUAAAGAUGAACUAUCCAAGGGUGUAUGGGGUUACUGGAAUCUAGGGGCAUGGACGCCACUCCACAUUAGUGCUCGUAGACGAGCUAGACUUCGAAAGGAAGUCCUACUUGCAGGGGAAAAUUGGCCAUAUGAUCCGGAGAGGAAAGAAAUGAGAACCAAGAUAAAAGGGCAUAAAUGUGAUAAGAUAUCUGCAGAGAAACGUGAAAACACUGCCAAAUUGAUGCAGCGAAUGCCGGAUAUGUUGUUGGCCUACAAGAAGCGGAAAUGGGAGAAGAAAAUGAAGGAGGAAGACAAAAUAUAUAAAGUGAGGGAAGAGGAAAAGAAGUCCAAGUAAAUUCCUUUUUUUUUUUUUUUUUUGUUCCAGAGUUGCUUCCUAGAGUGCAGCUUUUUCUUUUUUUCUUUCUUUCUUCUAAAAAAUAACUGAAUGAACUUGGUCCGAUUUUUUUUUAAACUUAGUUUAAUUUUGUUUAUAUACAAUGUUCCUCUUUAUGUA